AUGGAAGCUUGUAAAAAAAAAAGGCACUCCACCCUAGAACUUCCACUCCACGAGUCCCCAGGGAAUUCUGAUGCUCUGCCAGGUUUGAAAAUCAGCAGUGCAGGGCACCUCACUCACUUUAUAGGUGGGGACCCUGAGGCUGGAGUGUCCAGGGUCUCCCGGCCCAUGUGGAUGCCUGAUCCCCGGCCCAGUGCCUUUCCCCAGUGUCCUGCCCCCAGAGGACCGCCUUGUAAGCAUUGCCCUCAUUCCCGCACCUCUCUGAAACUUCCCGCCUCUAAGGUCUUUGCAGUGGGGGCGUCGUGA